CCUGGGAAGCCCCCGUAUCUGCGCGUCUUUCGCAACUACACGUCUUCCGCUCGUCUGUCCUCGUCUUGUCGCCUACGCUGCCCGAGCAGCCAAGCACGUCUGUGUGCACCGCCAGCAGAGCCGCAUCCCCGAGACGCAACCUGGCCGCCUGGCGCUCCCCCAUCAGGACACACGGCAUUCCCGCGGACCCCCGACGCGCAACCAUACGCCCACGAGUCGCUCCGAGCACGAUUACCAAAGUCUGUCUGUAGAAAGGGCACCCAAAUAUCCCAAGAUAUAGUUUUAGCGACCUGUCGCCAGCUGGUUGCCUACGACACACCGCCCUGCCAUCGUAACCACGUCCCUACGCCGCUGCGCCAAAGCCCAAGUACCGCGUGCGGCUUCAGGGCAGGCUUUACCACGAUCAACGCUUCCCGUCGACCGCUCCGCGCCAUAUGAGCCAUGGCAGCUCCACACCAAUACCACCAGCCGAAUGCGCCAGACGACGCUGAUUCCGACCUCGAGCUGGAUCUCGAAGAACUCGACCCGCUCGCCGGUAGAUCUUCUGCCUCACCCGCGCGAACGACCUCGAGUGCGCCCAAGAAGCCCUACCAUGAACUGGGCGCAAGGAUACCACUGAGGAAUCUGAGGGUGGGCAGGCUGCGCGGGAACAGGCCAAGGCAGGAGCCUGAGGAGGAUCUACGAGGGUUGAUAGAAGAUGGAAACCGGCACUCCGACAGUAGUCACGGGCAGUCAGGCGACGAAGACUCGGCAUUGCUAUCCUCCCGCAACGAUGCCCGCCCGAGACACAAGCGGAAGCCGAGUGCUCUGUCGCGAUUCCAAUCCAACAUUCGCCUCCCCAGCUUCCUCUCCGCCGCGAGCCCAAAUCGACAAGCCAUACAAUUAGGCCAGAAUCUAUCCGACCAAGACGACGCGGAAGAAGAGCACGACCCCACCACCCAGCGUACCAUCGCCGUCGGCCAGGCCCAAGUUGCCCGAUUUCCUGCAAACGCCGUUUCCAACGCCAAAUAUACCCCCUGGAGCUUUCUUCCACGCACCUUGUAUAAUGAGUUCUCUUUUUUCAUCAACAUGUAUUUCUUGCUUGUUGCAAUGUCUCAGAUAAUACCCGCUCUGAGAAUUGGAUACCUUUCAACAUAUGUUGUACCACUGGGUUUUGUCAUUUCAGUCACCCUAGGAAAGGAGGCUUUUGACGAUAUUGCGAGAAGAAGAAGAGACGCAGAGGCGAAUUCGGAACCGUACACAGUACUUAAAUUCGAGGAAACUAGCGGAAAUGGAGUUGCGCCGGGCAGGGAUUCGAGCAGGAGGCGGAGACUGCGUAGAGGGAAAAAGGCAAGCGGCGGGCGCGUAACUGAUAUUGAGGACGAGGAGCAACGAAUAGCCACGACUGGUGGUCUUCCCACUGCCAGUUAUUGGGAACUUGUCAAACCUUCUCGGAGCUUGAAGGUUGGUGACGUAGUCAAGCUAGGGAAGGAUCAGCGUGUCCCUGCCGACAUGGUGAUCCUGAAAAGUUACUCAGCAGAUUCCGAAACGGCCACUCACUCUGCAGAAACACCGGCAGAUGCUGGUGCCUCUGGAGAAGCGUUCAUUCGUACAGAUCAACUUGACGGCGAGACCGACUGGAAGCUUCGUCUCACAUCUCCGCUUACGCAAAACCUGGACGUUGGAGAGUACACCCGACUACGCGUGACCGCAGGAAAGCCCGACAGGAAAGUGAACGAGUUCUACGGCACAGUCGAGCUCCAACACAAACGGUCACGCGAUUACGAUCCUCACGAACAGCAACCCCCCGCAAACGAAGAAGCCCAAUCCUCACCACUAGGCAUCGAUAACACGAUAUGGGCGAACACGGUACUCGCCUCCAGCUGCAACGUACUCGCUGUGGUGAUUUACACGGGACCCCAAACACGGCAAGCUCUUUCUACGUCCGCAUCUCGGUCAAAGACCGGUCUACUGGAACUGGAGAUCAACGUUCUCACCAAAUUCUUGUGUAUCUUUACACUCUCUCUGUCUUUUGUCCUGGUUGCUCUCAACCGGUUCCAGGACAUUAAUGGCCAGAAAUGGUACGUGUCGAUGAUGCGAUUCUUGAUUCUCUUCUCUACAAUUGUUCCCGUUGGGUUGCGUGUCAACCUGGACAUGGGUAAAUCAGUCUACGCAUGGUUUAUCGAACAUGACAAGAGCAUCCCAGGAACCGUCGUACGAACAAGUACUAUUCCAGAAGAUCUAGGCCGAGUGGAGUACCUGUUGAGCGAUAAAACGGGCACUUUGACUCAGAAUGAAAUGGAGAUGAAGAAGAUUCACGUCGGGACGGUCUCGUACGCCAAUGAAGCCAUGGACGAAGUCGCAACAUAUGUCCAGCAAAGCUUCUCGACUCCAGCCGGCGAAGCGCCUUCACUCGUAACACCGUCGUCAACAUACGUCGCCCCCCUCACAUCUGCAACGCGAACUCGCCGCGAGAUCGGCUCGCGUGUUCGCGAUGUAGUACUAGCUCUUGCUCUGUGCCACAAUGUCACUCCCAUCACAGAAGAAGAGGAUGGGCAUAUGGUCACCAGCUACCAGGCAUCUUCACCGGAUGAGAUUGCCAUCAUUCGAUGGACCGAAGCGGUUGGGCUUCGACUCGUACAACGCGACCGAGAGUCAAUGACACUUCAGUCCUGCGACAAUGGCAACACUGUCGUUCGCGUACGCAUUCUUAAUGUCUUCCCUUUCACGUCCGAGAGCAAGAGAAUGGGUAUUGUCGUCAAGUUCUGGCAGGGACCUAUCGAUUCACCUUCGAAUGAGGAUGGAGAGACCUGGUUUUACCAAAAGGGAGCCGACACAGUCAUGACCUCUAUCGUAGCUGCAAACGACUGGUUGGAUGAAGAGACUGCCAAUAUGGCUCGUGAAGGUCUCCGGACGCUAGUAGUGGGUCGCAAGAAGCUUUCAGCGCAGGCAUACCAGGACUUCUCGAGCAAGCUUGCACAGGCGUCGCUCGCACUCCACAACCGUGACAAUGCAGUCGCAGACGUCGUUAAAGAAUACCUCGAGAACGACCUUGAGCUUCUGGGUGUCACUGGUGUCGAAGACAAGCUCCAAAAAGAUGUCAAGCCAUCCCUAGAACUCCUUCGCAAUGCAGGAAUCAAAAUCUGGAUGUUGACGGGUGACAAAGUCGAGACAGCACGUUGCGUAGCUGUAAGCUCCAAAUUAGUCGCACGCGGGCAGUAUGUGCACACCAUCGCAAAGAUGAAACGCAAAGACCUCGCUCACUCGUCCCUCGACUUCCUCCGCGGCAAGACCGAUGCCUGUCUCCUCAUUGACGGCGAGUCCCUCGCCUUGAUGCUCAACCACUACCGUCAAGAGUUCAUAUCCAUUGCCGUUCAGCUCCCUGCAGUCGUAGCCUGUCGCUGCUCGCCUACUCAAAAGGCUGACGUCGCGUAUCUCAUCCGUGACUACACCAAGAAGCGCGUCUGCUGCAUCGGCGACGGCGGCAACGACGUGUCCAUGAUCCAAGCCGCCGACGUGGGCGUUGGCAUUGUCGGCAAAGAAGGCAAACAAGCCUCCCUCGCCGCCGACUUCUCCAUCGAGCAGUUCUGCUACCUCGUCAAACUCCUCGUCUGGCACGGCCGCAACUCGUACAAGCGCAGCGCUAAACUCUCACAAUUCGUCAUCCACCGCGGCCUCAUCAUCAGCAUCUGCCAAACCGUCUACUCCCUCGCCUCCUCCUUCGAACCCAACGCCCUCUACCGCGACUGGCUCCUCGUCGGCUACUCAACGAUCUACACAAUGAUGCCUGUCUUCUCGCUCGUGCUCGACCGUGACGUCGACGAGUCCGUCGCAAACCUCUACCCGGAGCUCUACGCCGAGCUCAAGCUCGGCCGCUCCCUCUCCACCAAAUCCUUCCUCAUCUGGGUCGCCGUGAGCAUCUACCAAGGCAGCAUGAUCCAGGGUCUCUCGCAGCUGCUCGUCGGCGUCGGCAAGCCGUCCACCCCGGAAUUCGGCCGCAUGGUUGCAGUCUCCUUCUCUGUACUCGUUGUCAACGAGCUUGUCAUGGUCGCGAUGGAGGUAACGACGUGGCACUGGAUUAUGAUUGCGUCUAUUUUUGGCACAGCGAGUAUAUAUUUUGGCAGUGUGCCGUUCUUGGGCGAGUAUUAUGAUUUGGGGUUUGUGAGUAGUCUGGGGUUCUGGUGGAAGUUUGCGGUCAUUGCGGCGAUUGGGUUGAUUCCGCCGUAUGUGGCGAAGGUGGUGGGGAGGACGUUGAAGCCGCCAAGUUAUCGGAAGGUGCAGGGGGUGUAGAGAUUGUUGGGCUGUGGCUGUUUUGCAUAGCGUUUGUUAGGGUAUAGGUCUCAUGUCUUGUUCAUCUUAUGGAAAAAGGUCCUUGUUAUACCGAAAUGGUUAACAUCGGUGCCUCGUGCCUUCUGUUUACAAGCGGAACAAGGGAGAGGAUCUCUCGAUUAGUCAUUGCUUGGUUAGUCAACCCCACCGUGGAAGCGUU